AUGGCUGAAUCCGAAUCGGGUCGAUUCGAUCGACCCGUCCACCCCGAGCUGCACCCCAUCGAGAGCGGCAACUACCGCGUGGCCACGCCUGCCAUCCAAGCGUUCUAUCAACUUGUUCAACGCUGCCUGAGGUACCGGAUCACCGGAGCGCUUGUCUACGGCCCCUCGCGAAUCGGCAAGACCCGAGCCAUCGAGUAUUUGCGUUUGCUAUUGGCCGAGACCUAUCCGAAGGUCACUACGUUCCACGUGCAGGCAGAGCAUAAACCUCGUCAUGCCGAAGGUCCGUUCUUCACAAGCCUCCUCCAGGCGGUUGGGUUUCCCGACCCCGAUGGCGGCACCAACCCCACCAAGCGGUUACGACUAAUCAACAAGAUCCGCGAGUCCUGUACGCGCAAUGGCAGCGGCAACGUCAUUUUGUUCUGCGAUGAAGCGCAGCGCUACACCGAGCACGAAUACGAGUGGCUCAGAGACGUGCACGACCAGCUCGAUCGGCUCAAGAUUCGGUUGUUUACGUUUCUGGUCGGUCAGCAGGAACUGCGCUCGGUGAAGACGGCGUUUCAGCACGCACGCAAGACGCAGAUUGUUGCCCGCCUGAUGGUCGAGGAAUUGGCCUUCUUCGGCGUGCGCAACGCCAAGGAUGUCGCCACCUGCCUGCACGGCUACGAUGCAACCAGUUUCCCACGCGAUAGCGAGUGGAGCUUCACGCGGUUCUAUUUGCCGCGUGCCGUGCACAGUGGCUAUCGGCUGGUUCAAGACGCCCAGGUGCUUUGGGAUCUGUUCGAUGAGAUUCACCAACACCAUGGGCUGCCCGGUGCGCUCGAGUUACCGAUGGAAUCGUUUGCCCGAGCCGUUGAGAUCGUCCUGAAGGAGGGCCAUGACCUGGACCGAUCGGGCAGUCCGCCCGACCCGAGUCUGUGGCGUGCCGCCGUGCAAAGCAGUGGUUACACGCAAUCGCGCGAAGCCGUUGCCGAUGUGAUGACCCCUAGUACGACCCUGGUGUAG